AUGACCACACUAUCCCCCUACAAAAUGGUGCAAGACCUAUUAGUGUGCGGCCAUACCACUAUCCUUCUUAUCAAAAGGCGGAGAUUGAAAGAAUGGUUUAAGGGGUUCCACCAUAUUCGUGUCAAAGAUGAGGAUAUACAUAAGACAACAUUUUGUACUCAUAAGGGCCAUUAUGAGUAUGUUGUUAUGCCAUUUGGCCUUACUAAUGCCCCAUCCACCUUCCACAGUCUCAUGAAUGACCUUUUUCGAUCAUUUCUGCGCAAGUUUAUCUUGGUCUUCUUCGAUGAUAUCUUGGUAUAUAGCCACAAUUGGGAGGAUCACCUACAACAUUUACAUACAAUCUUAGACAUUUUGUUGGCUAACAAACUGUUUGCAAAGCUGUCCAAAUGCAAGUUUGGAGUUUUCCAGGUGGAUUACUUGGGCUAUUUGAUCUCACACGAAGGUGUGGCUGUAGACCCAUCCAAGAUCCAAAGUAUAUUGAGUUGGCUCGUUCCUCUCACGAUGAAAUCUCUUCACGGUUUCCUUGGGUUGGUCGGCUACUACCACAAGUUCAUCCGUGGAUUCAACACCUUGACAACCCCACUAACUCGUCUUCUUUCCAAAGAUGGGUUCCAUUGGACUCCCGAAGCUGUCAUGGCCUUUGAUGUCUUGAAACAUGCCCUCACUUCACCACUAGACCAGCCGCCCGUUGCCUAUUUGAGUGAGGUUUUGAAUAACUCCGCCUUAUCCUUUUCUACUUAUGAGACGGAGAUGCUAGCCAUGGUGAAGGCCAUUAAAAAAUGGCACCCGUACCUAGAAAAGUCUCAAAUUCCUCUUAGAGCAGCGAAUCACUACUCCUGCUCAAGCUCGAUGGCUUCCCAAAAUCUUGGGGAAUUUGUUCGUAAUUGUGAAACUUGCCAAUGGUGCAAAACUGAGUGUCAAUUGUCGAUUAGACUUCUCCAGCCACUUUUUAUUCCUGAUAAAGUUUGGUCUGAUGUUUUUAUGGAUUUUAUUGAAGGACUUCCUAAUUCAAAAGGGCGGACAGUCAUAAUGGUGGUCGUUGAUCGACUAAUCAAUUAUAAUACAAUAGUUCAUUCGUCUACCAAAAUCUCUCCUUUUGAAGCUAUGUACGGGGUUCCUCCUCCCACGAUGUUGUCAUAUGUGCCUAAUACUACCAAGGUACAAGCUGUAGAUGAUCACCUGCGCACUAGGGAUACUAUAUUGAAGGAUUUACGACAACAUUUACGGAUAGCCCAAGACUGUAUGAAAUCAAAGGUAGAACAAAGGCGGCGUGAGGUUGUGUUUGACGUUGGUGAUAUGGUGUUUCUCAAACUACAGCCCUACCGACAAUCCACUGUGUCAUUCUGGAGUUCUCUCAAACUUGCUCCGCGCUAUUUUGGUCCCUAUCCAAUUAUGGAACACAUUGGCGUUGUUGCUUACAGGCUACAACUCCCCGCCGAUUCACAAAUACAUGAUGUCUUCCUUGUUAGUCUUUUGAAGAAGAAGCUUGGCUUGGUCUCACCCAUCUCUCAUGCCUUGCCUCCUGUUACAGAUGAGUCUAUUGUUCUUCCUCAACCUGAGGAGAUGUCGGGUCACUCAAAAGGGUAA